AUGCUUUCAUUUUAUAAUACGAUAGAGGUUUCAUACAUCCUUACUUUUUUAUUUGCUUCUUACAUUAUAUACGCAUUACUUAACAUUUACAAACAUUCAAAAUGUAAAAAAUUUAACCAUGUAUUUGAAAAAAAGAAAAAAAUUCCAAUAUCUGUAAAUUUUCAUUUUACACGUAAAUGUAACUAUGAAUGUGGAUUUUGUUUUCACACUGCAAAGUCAUCUGAAAUUCCUAUUAUAGAAAAUUCCAAACAAGUUUUACGAAAACUUUCAGAAGCUGGAAUGAAAAAAAUCAAUUUUGCCGGCGGUGAACCAUUUUUAUAUCCAAAAUAUCUUGCCGAAUUAAUGGACUUUUGGCAACAUAUUAAAAAUUUAUAUGAAAUUGCAGAAUGGUGUCAUCAGUUAGGAAUAAAAUUUAAGUUGAAUACCGUAGUAAAUGCUUUUAAUUGGGAAGAAGAUAUGAAUGAACAUAUUGAAAUUUUAGCUCCAUUCCGAUGGAAAUGUUUUCAAGUCUUAAUUUUGGAGAAUGAGAAUGGUGGACUUGAAGGUACAUUAAGAGAUGCAAGAAGAUUUAAAAUUUCAACAGAGCAAUAUGAAGCAUUCAUCGAAAGGCACAAAGCUCAGAAAUCAAUAGUUAAAGAACCUAAUAAUGUAAUGAAAAAUUCAUACUUAAUACUUGAUGAGAAAUUACGCUUUUUAAAUUGCACCGAUGAUGACAAAGUUCCAAGCGAAUCUUUACUAGAUGUUGAUGUCGACACGGCGUUACAACAAGCCGGAUGGGAUGAGAGUGCCUUUUAUCAACGACAGGGAAUUUAUAAUUGGUCAAAGCUUCCAAAUAAUGGUUGUGCCGGCGCGAAUGAUUCAAAAAAGUUUGAUUGGUAA